AUGUCGGGAGAGGACAAGCCAUACAUGGACAUGCUCAUGUCGGUCGCCGGCGAGGUCCGGCGAUACUCCGGAGAGGUGGCCGAGUUCGUCGACGAAAACUUUGACCGGGCAGCCGAUGUUGUGCGGGACCACCUCUCGACGGCCACCUGGCUGCCCGAGGCUGUCCGGGCCAACCUUCCGCUGCCACGGCCACCACCACCGCCGCCCGUGGACGUCAUCCCGACUGUCAGCCUGACGUUAUAUGAGCGCGCACAGGAUUGGGUUAUGCGCCACCGCAUUCUCGUGUCCUUUCUCGCGCUUACCGUCGGCACUGUGGCUUACCGCAGCGUUCGCCGCGUGCAGUCGAGCCGCAAGUUCCGCCGUGCUCGGCGGGCCCGCAACGGAGCCCGCUGCGAGGUGGUCGUCAUCGCCGCAUCGCCGUCACUGCCCGUCACCCAGUCGCUCGCCCUCGAUAUGGAGCGACGCGGUUUCAUCGUCUAUAUCAUCUGUGGCUCGGCCGAAGACGAACAUGCCGUCCGUCAGCUGUCGCGGCCUGACAUUCGGCCGCUGUCCAUCGAUAUCACUGAUUCCGUCAAUGCCGGUGCUGCCCUCGACCGCUUCGCCCUCUACCUCCAUGCCCCUCAUGCCGCCGUGCCGGGCGCCCGCAAGAGCCACCUCACGCUCACGGCCGUCAUUAUCAUCCCGUCGCUCAACUACCAGACGUCGCCCAUCGCCACCAUCCCGCCCUCCAACUUUGCCGACCUCUUCAACACUCACCUCUUGCAUCCCAUCCUCUCCAUACAGGCCUUCCUGCCACUCUUGACGGCACGCACAGCCCUGCAGCCGGGCGAGAAGCCGCCACCGUCACUGCUGUCUACCGCAUCUUCCAUGGCUCUGGCCAACAUUGGCGGUGCCAAGAACAAGACCAAAAACACCAGCAAAGCCGGCGAGGCUGAUGACGCCUCCAAGCCGCCGUCGGACCGCAUCCCCCCGCCGCCCAAGGUACUUGUUUUUUCGCCGUCCAUCAUCUCGUCGGUGAACCCGCCGUUCCACGCGCCCGAGUCGACCGUCUGCUCGGCGCUGACGGCCUUUACGGAGGUCUUGGCGGCCGAGCUGCGGCCGUUGGGCAUUCCGGUCACGCACAUCCAGCUGGGCACCUUUGACUUCUCCGGCUUUGCGCCACCGCCCCGCAGCGCCAUGGCCCAGCAGCUCAGCAACACACGCAUCCCGCCGCCUGCUGUCGUGGAGACGCUGGCCUGGUCAGAGCCGGCUCGCCACGUCUACGGUCGCAACUACACGGCCCAGAGCACAACGGCCCUGGGCAGCGGCCGGGCCAUUCACGGGCUGCGCGGCACGGCUAUGCGCGACCUGCAUCACGCUGUCUUUGACGUGCUCGACGGCUCCAACACCGGCAGCGUUGUGCGUGUCGGUCUCGGCGCCAACUUGUACGGCUUCGUCGGCAACUUCAUGCCGCGCGGCUUGGUGGCCUGGAUGAUGGGCGUGCGCAAGGUCGAUGGCCUGGAGAGCCUGUACAGCGCCCCGGUACCACCUGCGUCCUCGUCGUCCGCGCCUACACCGAAUGCGUCGGUCCUGUCGACGUCGAGCGAGAGCUCCGGGCCGCCGAUUCGCCGCAGCAACAGCACCAGCAAGAACUCGGAAACAACGGCUGGCUUUGUGGCCGUCGCCGCUGACGAGGCCGUUGCUGACUCGCAUAUCUGGCAAUGA